CGCCAGGCUUCACACAAGAAAACUGGGGCUGUUCCCAAAGCAGAAGUGGAUUUGUGGGACGGAUCUGAGCUGCAGGGUUUCACUUCUGCUUUCACUCAGAGCUGCUGUAGAAAGUCUGCGAAGGAGGAGGAAGGAUUUGCAUUCUUGAAGCUCUGUCGGUUUGGUUGGACGAUGAGGCAGACGAGCAGAUCGCUCAGGUGAACCAUGGCGCUGACCGACUGUGCUGCUUCGGUGAUCGAAGAAUCCUCCCUCGUGGGCUGGGAAUGGAUUGCUGGUGGUGGUUUUGGACAAGUCUACAAAGCCAGGCAUCGUCACUGGCUCGAUGAUGUGGCCAUUAAACUGCUUAACUGCGACGGCGGGAGCAGCUCGGGUUUGCUGCGUGAGGUCGAGAUGAUGCGUCAGGGAAGAAGCCCGCACGUUAUUCACGUCCACGGCGUCUUCAAAGGUCGACCGGACGUGCCUGGAUCUACGGUACAGCUGGGGCUGGUCAUGGAGUUCAUGGACAGCGGAUCACUGAAAUCACUGCAGGACACCUUACGGGGACCCCCUCCCUGGCCGCUGGCCUUCAGACUGGUUCACCAGGUGGCUCUGGGCAUCAACUUCCUCCACAGUCUCUCGCCUGCUCUGCUCCACCUGGACCUGAAGCCCAGCAACGUGCUGCUGGACUCCUCUCUGAGAGCCAAGCUGAGCGACUUUGGCCUGGCCAGGUUUUACCACAGCAUCACACGGGGCUCUAAGAAGAACAACGACGAGGAAGGAGGAACUUUAGGCUACAUGCCACCGGAGGCCUUCGACCUCUCGUACAGACCCACACGGGCCUCUGACAUCUACAGCUACGGCAUCCUGCUGUGGUCCAUCAUCACUGGGGAACAACCAUAUCCACAUGCGUUGUCCGACAUCGUGCGGCUUCGUGUCCCUCUGGGCGACCGGCCACUGCUGCAGGAGAUCGAACAUCAGUCUGCAGACUGUGCAGGGCUGACGGAGCUCAUGGAGCUCAUGAAGAAAUGCUGGGAAGGAGAUCCCUCCAAUCGGCCCUCCUCGGGUGAGUGCACAACUGUGACAGAAAAGCUGUACGAGAUGCACAAACGUUCGAUCAACGACGCAGUCCAUCAAGUGCAGAAUCGACUGGAUCAGAAAAAAGAGGAAGAAUUGUCGCGUCAGUUGGGGAGGGCUCAUGUUACUCAACCAGUGAGGGGUCAAGCUGUAAUCCCUGACGUGCCGACAGGACGGGCGCCGGUUCAGGAAAGAGCCGGCUUGAUUACAAAACCAAGACAGAAAACGGAAGACAAAGGUAAAUGUGAUCCGCCUCCACCUCAACCUGCAUGUGUGGCUGAAGUUGACAAGGGCCGUUCAGCAGACAGAGUGAAGUCGGCGUCCGUUGACCCCAUUCAUUUGGCACCACCGUCUCCUUCGAACGGCAGCUUGCCUCAAGGAAGAAGAAAACCAAAGCUAAACCAGUUCAGUUAUGAGCGUCAGUCUUCCAGCCCUGCAUCGGGUCUCCACAUCCGCGUCAGCAACGUGAUCGGAUUUCAGAGCGGCAACAACAACACGAUGUACAUAGAGAGGAAGCGGCACCCCACAGCGCCUCAGUGAAGGACCUGGAAGGACGAGACCGGACCAGUUCUCAUGGAGCUUUUUGAAAUCAAGCUCUGCCAUUUUCUUGAACAUACUUUUCUUUCUAUGAAUUCUUGGCUGUGCUAUUUCUCUUAUUUUCUGGUCUUUUCUAUUUUGCUUUACAAUUCUGGGCAGGAUUCAGAUAUAGUUUUAGUAGCAUGAAAGCAUUUAAAGGAAUAUUUAGCUGUUUUGUUUUUUUUUUUCAGACUUUUUUUUUUCUUCUUUGGAUUGAAAAUGUGACCCCAGUGAGUAACACCUCACACCUCCCUUCUGCCCUGUCAGCAAUAUCGACGUGAGCCAAGUCUGGUCAUAUGGUUUUGCUUUUCCACCAACUGUGGUCAAGUGGCAGAGCCAGCUCACUGUCAGGUGCCAAAAAUGGCCUUAGCAGAUUGACUAUUAAUCAGAACGGGUCAAUAUAUACUUUGAAACCUGUUUGCUGAUGUAUUUGUUUGGUUUAUUUUAACCUAAAAUGAACACGUGAAGAGCGAUUGAAGCUCAGUACGUCUUCCUAAUAAGCCCUUUGGUGUGACAUGGAGGUUAAAACAAAUGUGAAAAUAAGAAGAAGAAGCAUUAUUGUGAUCCAUCUGCCUUCAUGUGCUCUGAAGUGUUUAAAAUACGUUGUGUAUAUAUGUUCUUAGAAAGUGCAGCAUCUAGUUUCUUUUUGGUCACUUCAUGGUUCUUCUGUGGUUCCACCGAGUGCAGAAAAGAAAGUGUUCAUAGCCAAAAGAACGUCGUUAAAAACGCAUUUGCUUUUUUAAAUUAUUAUUGCACAUUUUUAAUAAAUGGAUUUAAAAAAAACAAAAACAUUAAACUUGAGGUUGAAUUUUAACACGGGUGUGCGUUAAACGUGUUGAAUAUUUCACACAGUUGAAGCCAAAUGUAGCUUCAGUGAAGUGCUGCAACAAUCAUACGUGAAAUGUCAUUUUGUUUAGUGGUAACAUAAAAUGUUCUUACAGAAUGAGUCUGGUGUUACUUUGCAUUUCACCUGCUGGGGUACAGUGUGUUUGUCCAUCUCUAGACCCUACACCAGUUGUCUUUUCCUGUCAGUCUUUUAAAACAAAUCACAAAUAUGUUAUUUACUUUUUGAGUCAUUUCCAAAAACAGCUGGUCACUGUGGUUUUUAUCAAACGUUACUCAAACAGGAAUGAAUUGUGUAUUUAUUUGGGACUAUGUUCAGCUGUGGAUGAACACAGAUUUGGUGCUCUUUUAUAUGCAGUCAGGUUUCUGGCAGCAGGACAAUGUAGAAUACAAAUGUCACACAUUUAUCCUUUAACUUUUAAAUGGGAAUCUGGUGAGAACUGGAUAACUGUAAUGAUGAAAAUUACAAUUAACUAUCAUUCAAAUACACCAAUAAAUGCUCUGUUUGUGCUCAGAUGUUGGUGUUUUAGUUACCUUUUCAUGUUUUGUAAUAAAUUCAUUCUUAAAACCAA